AUGACCGUCCUAACCGCACAAACCGCGAGCAGCGGGCCGGCGACCACACUCACCCAACCGGUCGGAACGUCCGGAUGGGGCAUGUUUUGGUUGCUGAUGUGGAAAAACUUUUUGCUACACUGGCGGUACAAGAUUUCCAGCCUGGUUGAAAUCUUUAUCCCGCCCCUGUUCAUGCUGCUGAUGGUGGGACUGCGCAGUUUAACGGAAAUCGAAAACGUCCCUCACGUAUCUGUCUACCAGCCGCUGGAUAUCACGAACUUUGGCGCUAUCAGGAGAAACCUGGCCAUUCCGUUCCACGACACGCUCGCCUACUCACCCGAUGGGCCAGCACUGCAGGACCUCAUGCAGCCAAUAGGGCAGUGGACGGAACUGAAUGUGGUAGCGUUCCCGAACGGCACGAUGCUACAUAAUUUUCUGCUGGCCAGCAACGCGUUUGCGGGCAUCGAAUUCGACAUCCGGCUAAACCAGUCCGCGACGUUGCCGAACCAUCUGUCCUAUCGGUUGCGUUUUCCGGGCGAACAGCGCGCCCAGUUCGUCGUCGGCCACAGCUGGCAAACGGAUCGCCGGUGGGGUGGCCGUGCCGAUGGUGGAGCUCGGUUUUCCGAGGACAGUGACGGGGGCCCCUCGCCGGGUUACUUCCGCGAGGGAUUUCUCAGUAUCCAGCACUUCAUCUUCAAGGCGUUCGCGGAGCGAAUCAAAGUGAUCGCCGAGCCCGUUCCGGAUGUGUAUCUGCAGCGGUUUCCGUACCCUCCGUUUCGCGAGGACAGCUUCCCGUCCAGCUUGACGACGUUCUUGCCCAUCUCGGUGAUGCUGGCGUUCAUCUACCCGUGCAUCAGCAUCGUGAAGAACAUACUGUUCGAGAAGGAGAAGCAGAUCAAGGAAGCGAUGAAGAUCAUGGGCCUCCGCAACUGGGUGCUCUGGAGCUCGUGGUUCGUCAAGUGUUUCGUGUUCACGCAGAUCUCCGUCUGCCUGGUGGUAGUGUUUCUGAAGGUACCCUGGUACUCUACGCCGCACGUGUCGGUGCUUACGUACUCCGAUUGGAGUGCCAUCUGGCUGAUCUUUGCAGUGUACGGCAUCGCGAUCAUCACUUUCUCAUUCAUGCUCAGUACGCUGUUUUCGAAGGCGAAUUCGGGUGGGGCGGUUGCGGCCAUCGUUUGGUUCAUGGCCUUCGCACCGUACAUCAUCAUGGUGCAGGACUACCGCAAUCUGAGCGUACCGCAAAAGCUGGGCUCUUCGUUGCUCCUCAACACGGCGAUCGGGUUCGCGAUGCGGCUGGUCGGUGUUUACGAGGGCGCAACGGUCGGAGUGCAGUGGUCCACACUGUUCCACGACAGCCCCUUCGACGAUAUCAACAUCGGGCAGAUGCUGCUGCUGUUGCUCGGGGACGCCGCGAUCUACAUGCUGAUUGCGCUCUACAUCGAGCAGGUGUUUCCGGGCGAUUUUGGUCUCGCCCAACCGUGGUACUUCCCGAUCACGAAGCGAUUCUGGUGCGGCGAACGCCCGCUAUCCAGCGAGCACACCGAAAAGACGGCGACUGUGGACGGUGGAAACGAAAACAUCGAAGCCGAGCCGAAAGGGCGCGUACCGCGCAUCCAAAUCCAGGCACUGCAGAAAGUGUACUCCAACAAGAAGGUGGCCGUCGAGGGGCUCACCUUUAACAUGUUCGAGGGUCAAAUCACGGCACUGCUGGGCCACAACGGGGCCGGAAAAACGACCACCAUGUCGAUGCUGACCGGCAUGAAGCGGCCGACGUCGGGGACAGCGAUUAUCUGGGGUCACGACAUCCGGACCGAAAUGCGCCAAGUUCGGUCGUCGCUCGGGUACUGUCCGCAGCAUAACAUCCUGUUCGACGCGCUGACAGUGCGCGAACAUCUCUAUUUCUACGGCCGGCUGAAGGGACUGUCGUCCGUUCAGGUGCAGUACGAGAUCGAGAAGUACAUCCGGGCGCUCGAGCUGAACGACAAGGCGAACGUGCGAUCGUCGAGCCUUUCCGGGGGCAUGAAGCGAAAGCUCUGCGUCGGCAUUGCCCUGUGUGCCGGCUCGAAGGUGGUGCUGUGCGAUGAACCCACCUCCGGUAUGGAUCCGGCUGCUCGCCGUGCCCUGUGGGAUCUGUUGAUUGCGGAGAAGGCCCGCCGUACGAUGAUCCUCUCGACGCACUUUAUGGACGAAGCGGACAUGCUGGGCGACCGGAUUGCGAUCAUGGCCGACGGAAAACUGAAGGCCGUGGGUUCGUCGUUUUUCCUGAAGAAAAAGUUUGGCGUCGGGUAUCGGCUGAUCUGCGUCAAGCAGGCGGACUGUGACGUUGAGCGGGUGACGGAGCUGCUCCGAAAGCACAUUCCUUUCAUUCAGGUCGAAUCGAACGUCGGCUCGGAGCUGACCUACUUGCUGCAGGAAGAACAUGCCCGGGGCUUCCAGAAGCUGCUCGAGGAACUCGAAGAGUGGGGCGACGAGCUCAAGAUCGGGGAUUUUGGCAUCUCGCUCACCUCCUUAGAGGAGGUGUUCAUGAAGGUCGGUUCCGACAACUCUCAGCCUCCGGCAGGUGAAGAAGCGAGCCUUCACAGUCUGCAUUCCUACAGCACCGCUACCGAUCUAGAGUCACGGUCAUCCGUCGAGGACUACGAGCUACUCGGAGGGUUCAAGCGGUUCCGCUAUCAAAUCGCGGCACUGUUUCUGAAGAAGAUCUACCAAACCCACCGCAACUGGUUCCUGUUGGUGGUGCAAGUUCUGAUACCGGUGCUCUUCGUAGCCGUCACGAUUGCGGUUGUGCGAAACUGGGGCGGAUCGGACGAUAUGCCUCCGCUGGCGAUUGGCUUGCGAUUCUUUAACCCCUCGGUCACCCUCGUCCAGAGGGACCCCCAUGAUGAAACUGGACCAAUGGAAGCAAUAAUCCUACAGAACUACUUCAACCUGUUCCACAACGUACCCGGGCUCGUAACGGGCUUCGUCGGCUGGAUGGAGGAUGUGUUUCUGUACUUCACCGAGCAGAACCUGGUGAUCGUAAAUCGACAGUUUAUCGUCGGGGCCGGCAUCGUGCGGGAUAAUCUAACGGCGUGGUUCAACAACGAGGCCCUCCAUUCGCCGUCCGUAUCGUUGUUGAUGAUGCACAACGCGCUCCUGCGUACGUACACCAAUUCGUCCGAUAGCAGCAUCUCGCUGGCCAAUUUCCCUUUACCGUACACCGACGAGACAAGGCUGCAACUGAUGCGGACGUUCAACAACCUUGGCUUCCAGUUGGCGUACUACACCGGCUUUGCGAUGUCCUUCGUGGUCGGCUUCUACGUGAUCUUCUAUAUCCGCGAGCGAGUAACCAAAGCCAAACUGCUGCAGCUCGUCAGCGGCGUGAAUCGAUUGACGUACUGGCUGACCGGGUUCCUCUGGGACUAUCUGACGUACGCGUUCGUCUGCAUCUUUAUCAUCAUCACGGUGGCCAUUUUUCAAGAGCCGGGUUUCAGCACCGGCGGCGAGGUGUUCCGCCUGUACUCGGUAUUUUUGUUCAUCGGAGUUCCGGCGUUACCGCUCACCUACAUCGUCACGCUGUACUACAACGUGCCACCGGCCGCCUUCAUUCGGAUCAGUGUUGCGUACAUUGUCACCGGGACGGCCCUGUUCAUCUUUGUGUAUCUGCUCGGGACGGACAUGUUCGAGCUGGAGGAGCUUUCCGAGGUGCUUUCGAACGUGUUUUUGAUUUUUCCCCACUUUGCACUCUGUGAUGCCAUCGUGAACCUGAGCCACAUGUCGGUCACGAUUGAUACGUGCCAGGCGGAUCGUCCACCGGGCGUAACACCGCUACCGAUCUGCGAUGACACACUGUACUACUAUCAGUGGGAUCGUCCCGGUAUCGGCCGCCAUCUGCUGUACAGUCUGGUGAUGACCGUUAUCUACUUUGUUCUACUGUUUCUACUCGACUUCAAAGUGUUGAAGCUAAUCGUGCAGAAGCUGCGCGAAUGGUACCAUCGGAAACGCUACCGGGCAGCGGAGGCAACGGAGAUGGAUUCGGACGUGAAGAAGGAGAAAGAUCGGAUCGCUACGAUGCCGCAAGAGGAACGAUACCGCACCAAUCUGGUGGUGCAAGGGAUGACGAAGUACUACAGCAGCUUUCUGGCCGUCAAUCAAAUCAGUCUGGGCAUGAACAGUUACGAAUGCUUCGGAUUGCUGGGAGCGAACGGGGCCGGCAAGACGACGACCUUCAAGAUGCUGUCGGGUGAUGAGACGAUAUCGUUCGGUGACGCCUGGAUCAAGGGUCACAGUUUGAAGAGCGAACUGAAGAAGGUGCACCAGCACAUCGGCUACUGUCCCCAGUUUGACGCACUGAUCGAGGACCUAACGGGCCGCGAGACACUGAAGCUGUUCUCACUCUUACGGGGCGUCCCGCGAGCCAACAUACCGGCCGUGAGCCUUCACCUGGCACGACAGUUCGGUUUCGACAAGCAUCUGGAUAAGCAGGUCAAAGCGUACAGUGGAGGCAACAAGCGUAAGCUCAGCACGGCCCUGGCUAUGCUCGGGAACCCGUCGGUGGUGUACUUGGAUGAACCCACCUCCGGGAUGGAUCCGGGCGCAAAGCGGAACCUGUGGAACGGUGUCUGCCGGAUGCGUGACAGUGGCAAGACGAUCGUGCUCACAUCGCACAGCAUGGAAGAGUGCGAAGCGCUCUGUACGCGGCUCGCCAUUAUGGUGAACGGCGAGUUCAAGUGUCUCGGUUCCCCGCAGCACUUGAAGAACAAGUUCUCGCAAGGAUUCGUGCUAACGAUCAAAGCGAAGCGCGGCGGCGGCGACGGUGCGGCAGCAAAGGGUAAGGAUGGCAAGGAUGCUGCCGCCAACGGCGAUACCGUCGAUUUGCAAAACAUUAAGGAUCACAUCGUCACCCAGUUUCCGGACUCGACCCUCAAGGAAGAGUAUCAGGAUUUGUUGACGUACUACAUACGCUCCAGUAACAUGAAGUGGUCGCAGAUCUUUGGCAUCAUGGAGCGUGCCAAGCAGUGGCUCAACAUCGAGGACUAUUCCAUCGGCCAAACAAGCUUGGAGCAAGUGUUUUUAGCAUUCACAAAGUAUCAACGGGAGUAA